UUAAAAAUAAUAUUGUAUUAAUCUACUAAAUCAAGUUGAUCACUUUUGAGUCUAGAAUUUAGAUGAAAUACGUUUUUAAUAAAUGGUUAGAGUAUAAAUUUAGUAAUGACAUCAAUCAAAGGAACAUGCAUGCAAAUGUGCCCCAGUGAAGAAAUAAAAAUGCGAAAAAAUAAGAAACUCGUACAUCAACUUGAGGUUACUGCAAAAAAUGAAUGUGAUUCUAAAAAAAUGGUAAAGUGCUUUAGUCGCUCAGCCGCUGGUCGGGUACUAAACAAGCCAUCUCUUUUACGACCUCCGAAAGUACUGAGCGACACCAUCACCUAUCUACUAAAAGAAGUUCUUCCUUGUACUGAAGUGCCAUUUAAUGUGAUUUAUGACUUCAUCGAUGAUCGACUGAAUGCAGUUAGGCAAGACGCUACCAUUCAGCAGGUUUCUGAUCAAAUAUGGGUGAAAAUCUUGCCGCCAAUUGUGCGUUUUCAUGCAUAUGCUGCUUAUAGAUGUUACAACUACGAUGUAAACGAGUUUGAUCCGUUUUUAAAUCUGAAACAUUUUCAUGAGUGCAUUUUUAAAUUAUUGAAAAUAAUGCUAGAAGACAGUAAUAAACCAAUCGUCGACGAAAAAGUUUGUUCGGAAAUAGUAUCCUUGAUGGUUGUUACAAAUUUAGGAAAUCAUGAUUUUCUACAGCAAGCUCUACCAUUUAUUACAAAAAAGUGCGAUUUGAUUAGAAAAUCAAUAAUGCUGUCUUUAAAUAUAUCAAAUGGUUAUUUUGGACAACUUGCCAAACAGUAUAAAGAAUUUCCAACAUUACAUCAAUGUGUAAUCGCUGUACAACUACCAGGAUUAAGACGGCAGUUUUUAGAAGAAAUAUCAGUUGCAUAUAACAGCAAAAAUAAUAACUUACCAAUUUUAUUUUUAAAAGAAUCAUUGCUUCACGAUGAUGAUCAACAAAUUUUAAAAGAAUGUACUCAUUAUGGUUUAAAAAUUAAUGAUAAUAAAGUGGAAGCAACUAAAAGUUUGUUCAAAAACGAUGUUGAUGAGGUAAAAUUAUUGAAACAGAUAAAUGUGGACUGUAGACUGUGCCUGUAGCUGUCAUACUCAAUGGACGAAUUUCAAGUAUUUUUAAUAUUAACGUGCUAAUUUUGUAUUCAAACAUAUUUUUGUCGUAUCUUUAUAAUUUAUACUAUUAUUCAAGAGGACACCAUUUUUGGAGUUUUCAAAUUUAAGCCAAAAAUUAUGCUUUGCCACUCUAAAUCUUUGUAUUAUCAUCAUCAUGGUCAUCAAACAAUUAUCACGAUUUUGAUACUAUUAGAAAGAUCAGGACUUACACUAUCCUGCCUCAAUUUUUUUUAAUUUUUUCGUUAAAUAUAUUUGUUUUUAAAUGUAAAUAACUUAAAAUUUCAAAGUAUUGUAAAAUCUCUUCGAGACAACAUAGUUUAAGUACUUUUUAAAAAGUUAAGUAACAAUUUGCAUUUUUGGUAAAGCUAUAUUAAGAAGCGAAGAGUUCAUUUUUUUUGAAAACCUUUAUGAAAUCUAAAAAGAAUUGUGAUUUAUGAUAAGACUGAUAAA